CUUAACAGAGCUUAAUAAGGCGUAAGCUCUGGUUGUCCUUAACAACUUUAACAACAAUAAUAUGGUGGAUGACUUGUGUUAGUCUCCGGCUCCUCUUCCUCCUCCUCCUCGACGGCGUAUGCUGUCACUGGCAUUAAAAACUCCACGAGAAGAAGGAAGCUCCUCCUCCUGUUACACUACAUGAUAUUGGUGCCGCCACGUGGACGCUGCCUGGCACUCCCACAGUCUCUCUCACUGACACUCUUGCCAGGCUCGUCUGUAUACUUGGCAUCCGCUUGGGUCACGUGGUACACAAGAUGACACCCCAAACUCUCGUGCUCUGUGGACCCUCAGGAGUUGGAAAGUCAACACUACUGAAGAAGCUGCUGGAGGAGUUUGGUCCUCAUUUUGGAUUUUCUGUGUCACACACAACACGCUCUCCAAGGGAAGGAGAGGAACACGGCAAGCACUACUAUUUUGUCACCAGACAGGAGAUGGAAGAUGCAAUCAACAAUGGGAAUUUCAUUGAACAUGCAGAAUAUUCAGGAAACUUGUAUGGGACCAGUAAAACUGCUGUACAAGAUGUACUGGAGAAUGGCCGCAUAUGCAUCUUAGAUAUAGAUACUCAGGGAGUCAUACAGGUCAAGAAAACUGAUCUGCCAGCACAGUUUAUCUUCAUCAGACCACCAUCAAUUGAGGAUUUAGAGAAACGAUUACAAGCCCGUGGCACCGAAACAGAAGAAAGCUUGAAAAAAAGGCUCAGUAUUGCAGAGAAAGAACUGAAGUUUGGAGAAAUUGAUGGUAACUUUGACAGGGUAAUUGUCAAUGAUGAUGUAGAUGAAGCUUAUGAACAGCUUAGGGAUUUUAUGCUUCCAGCAAUAAAUAAAAAAAAUGGUGAUUGAACUUCAGAAAAUGUGUAAAAAAUAAGUAAAGUAUCAGUUCCAUGUGUUAUAAAAUUAAUGUGAAGGAAGUUGUAUCAAUGGUUUAUAUUUGAGAAGUUAUGAAUUGCAUUCUACAAUAUAAUAGUGUUUAUGAUCAGAACCUCAUUAAAUAUCAUGGUGAAAGAUUACACAUUUUAGAAACGUAACACUAUUCAAUUCAGUUUACAAGUUCUUAUCAGGACUUUUUAUUUCCGUAUCUGAUUUUCUUAACUGAAUAAGUUACACUUGCCUUGGUUAAAAUCCACACUAAUACCAACUGAUUUUAGCCAUAUUUAGUGUCUUUUUUUAUUUUUCCUAUUGAUAGUGAUAAAAUUAAAGUACAGAUAGGUAACCCUUUAUCCAGGAAACUUAGAACCAAAAGGUUUCUGUAUUCCAUGAUUUUUUCUGGAUUUGGGUUAAUAGGUCAUGCACAUCCAGGUAAUAUUAAAUGAAGUUUAUAUUUUAAUAUUUAAAGUUAGUUAAUUACUUUAGAAAGUAUAAUUUUUUAUUCCUGCUUCCUAAGUAUAAUAUGAAGGAUGAGUUUUAUUUAUUUUGGGUGUUUUUGAAAUGAGAUUAAACUGUUAUCCCGUCCCUAUAACACUUUUUUACCUAUUUAUUCAUGAAGUAUCUGGGGCAAAUAAGGAUGAAGGUAGAGAAUUUUCAGUACAGAAACAUCUCUUGGCACUAUGUUUACUCACUGAAAAAUUUCCAGCAGCUUCAAUUGUUCCAUAAACUGGUUUUUCUUCAAUGAUCACUACUUAAAAUAUUAUACAGCCUCUCAUCACUUAACGGUGGAGUCUCAUUCCUAAGACUUCGUCGGUAAACAAAUUCGUCGCUAAGUGAGGAGCAUACUAUAAUGGUAAUGGGUUUGUGUCAACCAUCUUUGAUAUUUUUUUUAAUGUCACCUUUGCACCAUUUAUAAUAUUUCUGGUAUAUUUUUAAAUUCAAAUUCAAAGUUUAUUCUCUAUAAAGAUUACAAUGUUGAAUUUACAGAAUUUGGUUGUUGUGUGGUUUACAUGUAGUUAAAUAAUGAUUACAGAGUGUACCACUAGAAUGCCUAGCAUGGCUAGGCAUUUCGGGCAGACUUAGUUUAAUUCUUUAUUUUAAAAUAUUACAAAUUAUGAGAUAAGUUGGUAUUAUGGCUAAGUGACUAAAUACUAGUUUGUGAGUUUAGCAAUGUAAAUGCUUUUGUUUUGGCACAGUACAUAGUUUCAGUAUUGGAGUAUCAUAGGAUUCAUUAUUUUAAGAUUGAGAUUAAUAUUUCUGUUCAUGGUCAAAUGGGUGAGUGAGUGUAAGAGUGAACCACCAGGUGGUAUUCGUGUAGUUAGUUGAUGGGGUUUAUCAGGAAAAUAAGAUGUUUUCUAAUGGUAGUUUUGAAGGUGAUGAAUGUGUCUGCAGUUUUAGAGUUCUCAGGUAGGGUGUUCCAGAUUUUAGGGUGUGCUGUAUAUUGUAAUAAGCAGAAUAGAGGAAAUCAGCUCUAAUAUACAUUAUUUAGGUAUCCAUACUGGUCAGAGAGUCCAUUGUAAGUCUGAGUCGUCGGUAAACGAGUACGUUGCUAAGUGAAGGGAGGCUGUACUUAAUUUCAUUUGUUGUUCACCAGUGUAAGCUGCAAUGCUUCAGACCAUGAAAUAUCUCUUCAGUUUUACUACCAAACCUGUUACUCUAAAAUUAUUGUUCAUCCAAACCAUCAUAGUUGGCAUUAUUUUGACAGUGUUCAGGAUUCAAAACCAUUUGCACAAUUUCAGUGUGUUGGUUGAUGCACAUCUACAGUACAUUGUUGCCAUUUAAAUACUAUGUUAGUACCCUCUUUUUACUUUUGCCUCCUGACAUAUUAAUCUAGCAAAGUCUAAUAAAUUAGAUACAGUUUUCUUUAAUGUGAAACAGAACACUGUUGUAAAGCAGGUUAAACUCCUUGUGAUGGAAAGCAACAAGUUAUGCCAGCUGUUCCUCAGAAUGUCCUGUGGUAAGUUUUCUCAUAACCAAGCAGUAGCAAGACCAGUGUCAUUGAUAAUGUAUUUUUUUGGAGUUACUCUACAGCAUUAAGCAUAUGUGUUCUAAAUUUGUCUUCAAAGCAGUACUGAAACAAAUGUAUAUCCCUUGGUCUAGUGUGCAGAAUAUUAACACUAACAAAAUUCUGCGAUUGUUAGAUAAGAAAGGCUGACAAUGUGUGGUUCUUGACCCAGUCAAGUUUAAUUUACUUUCUCCACUCUCUUUUUUCUUAGCCAUAUAUUCUAUAUCACAGUGAAAUACAUUUACUGUCCCUAGAAAAUAAUUUACCAUAUAGUAUUGGCAGCAAUUCCAUUCCUAUAGGUGCUUUUCAUGUCUGCAAACAUAGUUUUGUGGGGAGGUAUCACUAAAGGUAGUCUUAGAUUUUAGCAUAUUCUUUCAGCAUAAAAUUAAAAAAUCUUUCUUUUUAGUUUUGCAAAGUAGAUCAAUUUGGGUUCUAGUCCCAGUAACUCAUGAGGACUCCUUUUUGACUCAAUCAUUAUUUUCACUCCUCUUCUUCGGUCCCAUCAUUUGUAUUUAUCAUUCCCAAUUGCAUUCAAUGCUCCUAUAUAAACAUUUCUCCAAAUCUGGAGUGGACUUCUGCUGAUUUUCUUGGUAUAGUUGCUAACAGUGUCUACACAAACUGCUGAGUAUAUUAUGCAGAAUUAUGAACACUUCCAACACUUGAAGUUCAACAGCAUGGAUCCAUAGCCUGCACUUCACAGCUCCUUAUCCUUCACAUCAGCAGGUAUCAUAUCUUUGCUAAAUACACAAAAGUUAUUAUAUAUCAAGUCAGUUGACUUGUAGACUCCUCUACAAAUUCUAUAGUUCAGGACUUUCCAAUCUCCCACAGGCUGUUUCCCAAUUUAUGACAAUUUCUCAGUCUUGGUACCUUUGAGAUUUUUUGACAAUAUCAUUGAAUUGAAUUUGUAACUAACUAGGAUUCUGGUAAUCCUAGUAUAAUAGUGUUGGUUGUGGGAAAUGGAUCACACACACAUAUUUUGAUAGAUUAACCUAUUUAUCAGAGCACACAAGAUUAUUUUUCAUUAUCUUUCAUUGCCCUGCAUAGUCACUCUACCAUCUUCUCUGAGAGUCUCACCUUUAAUGCAUAUUCUGUAUAUUGUAUGCCUUUUUAUCCAUGGCUGAUCUCCUUCACUAGUUUCACAAUUGUAUUCACCUCUUAGCACUGGUACUCUUUUACUAUUGUUGUUUUCCUUUUAUCAUGCAGUGCUACAUAAGUAUUAUUAUUACAUUCAUGGAAAGAAUAUAUGCAGUAGCAAUUUUGUCAUGAGGAAAAGUUAUAACUAACCACAGUCCAUACAUUCAGAAGAUAACUGUAUGCAGCAAGCUUUUAUACAUUAAGUGAGCACAGGACAUGACUUGACACGAUUGUGUGGGGUUGUUUUAAGCUGUGUGUAUCUACUAAUAUGCUGACUUUUCAUUGCUAAUGGUAACUUACUAUUACCAUACAUGCUUUAGCAUUUUAGCUUUCUUCAUACUAAUAAUGAAGCCCUUAGGGCAUGUAGGAAACAUUUUCCUCUAUGCAAACUACAUAACAGUACACUUACUAUCUUUGAUAGUGAAAAUUAUGAGUAAACAGAUUGUGUUCAUAUGACUAUAAAUCACUGACUAUGAUGACUGGGUGAAAUCAUUUAACCAGUAUGAUUUAUCACAUCAGUUUGUAAUUUCAUUACCAUAAUUUAUUCACACCUUAUGCUUUUUGUUAUUCAAUCAUUUUUCAUUCCUCUUAUGAUGAAUACAUUGAGAAGACAUUAUAAACAAAGAUGCAGUGAUAGUACAGUACAGGUUCAACCUGAUGAUGGUGAAGAUAGUUGUGGUUCAAAGGAUCUGAAUAGUAGUGUGCACAUACUUUUGGGCAGUACUGAUAUUAAAUGAGUGAUGGUGAAUGGUUCCUUCGUUGGGACACCCAAUGUUGUUUGGAAACUGCUGGUGAUAAAAAAUUAAUUAUUUUUUCCAUGUUCUCCCAUUCUUAUAGUGUCAAGAUAACCACUAAUAUAUAAGAGGAUUGAGUCUCGAUACCAUGCCUGCAACAAGUCAUUGCUAUUUUACAAAUUGAAGAUUAAACUUAGUGUUUUCGUUCAGGAUGGACCAAAACAUUUAAAAUUUCAUCUCUGUAGUUUUGUUGUGUACUGCACAAUUGUAAUAAAACAGGAUAACAUAGUAUUCCAGCAAAGUCAGAGAUGCAUGCCUGUUAGUGGUCACUUUCUCACAGGGCCAGGAGCUUGAGAUCAGACCCAUGCAACCACUAAUAGGUAAGUAUAUACAUUGCUCAUUGGCUGUAUCAGAAAGUUCUUAUUGAAAAUGUAUGGUUCAGGUGAAUACUUGAUUUAUUUUGAUGCCAGUGAGAGGCUCUUGAUUCAGGCAAUUAGAUCUGUCCUCUAUUUCCUUCCAUGAAACCUGAUUGCCUUUCAUUUUCCCAGGUGCUGUGUGUGCUCUCUCUCACCAUGAAUGUAAUAUUUUAUUUUAUGAAAAGAAGCUUAUGAUAUGGAAAUGAUGUAAGUUAGUCACAGUUGAUUGAUGGACCAAUUGUAUGAAAUAUGUUAAAGAAUUUGUCCCUAUUUUAAGUAAAAUAAUAGAUAACUAUAAGCUGCAGCUUUCCUAAGUACCUAAGAUUUUGCUGUGAUUAUCACUGUGUGAUGUGUGUUGUUGUUGCUCACAAAAACCAGACUUUUAUGCUUCAUUACAUGCAUGGUUGAUAUCAGGGCUUAAAUUUGUUUGAUAUUGUAAAAGGCAUUAAUAUAUAGUGGUUAUUUUAUGAAUUAGGGUAGUUAUAAUAGUAAGAGGUUUGUAGUUAUGUUUAUCCUGAUUGUUUAUACACUUAGGACUAUAAUUAUUAUUUAAAUUUUGGAUUUUUAUUUUUUUGUCUUAAAGCAAAUUUGAAUAAAAAUUAAGUAUUAAA